CUGAUAUUUGUAAGUUUGCCUUGAUCGGAGAAUUUAGUUAAAUCGUCUGAUCAACCAACUAUUAUCUUAUUGGAGCAGUUGUUUUAGUUUUCAAGACUUCGGGAACUUUUCGUUAAAUACGGACAGAAAUCUAAGUCGCUAAUAUGUCUUUAUUUUAUCAGAGGGAGGACAAACCCAGCCUGCUGCUCUCCUUCCACACUGAACCCAAACAAGAGUCACUGGAUUCUGGGUGUGACAGUGGAGCUCAGUGUUCAUUGGUGGAUUCAGAGAUGACAUCAGUGAAGCAGGAAGACUGCAGUCAAACACUGGGACAGAAUGUUACCAUUAAAGAUGAAGAAGAGGAAAAUAAUGGGGUUGUAAUUAAAAAGGAAGAGGGGGAAUUACUUGAUCAAGAUGAGAUUCCUGUAGUGGAGACAUCUGGAGAGAAACAACAGGAAGAGAACAAUGAGAAGACACACCACUGCCCCCAUUGUGAAAAACCUUUCUUUUCUCUAUCAGUGUUAAGAAGACAUAUUAACGCACAUACUGGAGAGAAACCUUACUCCUGUUCUGAAUGUGGGAAGAGUUUCUCUCAGUUAGGUAACCUUAAAGCUCACCAGCACAUACAUACUGGAGAGAAGCCUUAUUCCUGUUCUGACUGUGGGAAGAGUUUCUCUCAGUUAGGUAACCUUAAAGUUCACCAGCACAUACAUACUGGAGAGAAGCCUUACUCAUGUUCAGACUGUGGCAAAUGUUUUAUUAGCUCAUCUUAUCUUUCUAUUCAUAAGAGACAGCACACAGGUGAGAAGCCAUACUCCUGUUCUGACUGUGGGAAGUGUUUCUUUAGAUCAUCUGAGCUUACUAUACAUCAGAGACUGCACACAGGUGAGAGGCCUUAUACCUGUUCUGAUUGUGGGAAGUGUUUCUCUCAAUUAGGUGGCCUUCAAACUCACCAGCGCAUACAUACUGGAGAGAAGCCUUACUCCUGUUCAGACUGUGGGAGAUGUUUUAUUAGCUCAUCUCUUCUUACUAUUCAUACGAGACAGCACACAGGUGAGAAGCCUUUCUCCUGUUCUGUCUGUGGAAAGUGUUUCUUUAGAUCAUCUUCACUUAGUAGUCAUCAGAGAGUGCAUACAGGUGAGAAGCCUUACUCCUGUUCUGACUGUGGGAAAUGUUUCUCUCAGUUAGGUGGCCUAAAUGCUCACCAGCGCUUACAUACUGGAGAGAAACCUUACUCCUGUUCUGACUGUGGGAGAUGUUUUAUUAGCUCAUCUCUUCUUACUGUUCAUAAGAGACUGCACACAGGUGAGAAGCCAUACUCCUGUUCUGUCUGUGGAAAGUGUUUCUUUAGAUCAUCUGGACUUAAUAUUCAUCGGAGACUGCAUACUGGUGAGAAGCCCUACUCAUGUUCAGACUGUGGAAAGUGUUUCUUUAGAUCAUCUGCACUUAAUAGUCAUCAGAGAGUGCACACAGGUGAAAAGCCAUACUACUGUUCUGACUGUGGGAAGAGUUUCUCUCAAUUAGGUGUCCUUAAAGCUCACCAGCGCAUACAUACUGGAGAGAAGCCUUACUCCUGUUCUGACUGUGGGAAGUGUUUUAUUUCUUCGUCUGAGCUUAGUAGACAUCAGAGGAGGCAUACGGGUGUGAAGCCUUACUCGUGUUCUUACUGUGAGAAGUGUUUCUCUAAGUUAUAUAACCUUAAAGCUCACCAGCGCAUACAUACAGGAGAGAAGCCUUACUCCUGUUCUGACUGUGGGAAGUGUUUCAUUAGAUCAACUGACCUAACUAGUCAUCAGAGAAUGCAUACUGGUGAGAAGCCUUACUCCUGUUCUGAUUGUGAGAAGUGUUUUUCUCAGUUAUGUAACCUCAAAGCUCACCAGCGCGUACAUACUGGAGUGAAGCCUUACUCCUGUUCUGACUGUGGGAAGUGUUUUUCUCUUUUAGGUGGCCUUAAAGCUCACCAGCGCAUACAUACUGGUUAGAAGCCUUACUCCUGUUCUGACUGAGAAGUGUUUCUCUAUUAGGUGGCCUUCCAGAUCACCAGCGCAUACAUUCUGGAGAAGCCUUUCACGGCCUUUACCUUUGGGAUCACCUGAUCAACUUACCACCUGUUAAUUCUCAGUUGUCAGUUUCAUCUAGGUGAUGGCGCAAGGGGUCUUUGGUUAUUUCACACUUAUCCUGGGAUCCUGUUGUUUUGAUUUUACAUCUACUAGGCACUGGAAUGUAGCGUAAGGCGUACCUUGACUCACUGCAAGGUCAGUUAACUUCCACCCUGGCUUAUAACACACGUCCCAAGUCUGGAACGGUCCUAUUGAUCAAAACGUUUUAUGUUGCUGCUCGGCGGUUCUUUCAGCUUAACAAUAUUUGUAGUCUUGCUUAUGUAGAACCGGUUCACUCACUGAGCCUGAGGUACUGAAAGUCGCCCCAUCGGGCUUUGGCUGGCUAAUUAGUCAUUAGGACCUCUCUUAGUCUCUUUAGUACUACUGGUGUUUCUCCCAGGUGUGGGUCUUUCUCAGCUGUAACUCACUAUUCCUUAUCAGCCUCUUUCUAGCCUAUCUGGCUCUUAGCCAACCUCCAAGCACUCAGGGAAAUGUCUGUCCAGACAAAGUGUCAGAGGUCAGAUCUUUUUAUGGCAAGUGCUUAAGGUUCCAUAAUCCGACUCAGAAAACAAUUCCUCAGUUGACUCAUCUUUUAACCCUAUCUUAAACUAAACCAGAAUUUCCCUUAUCUAACAAAAAUAAUAUAUUAAACUUUAACUCUCAUUUAAACAUGUCACUGUAUAUUAAUUACAAUGACACAAUCAUCAGAGAUGAACCAGUCAUUGAGGCAGAAGGUAGAUCUUGACUGGUAGAGCCAGUAGUCAAGGACACAGGAGCUCAGAAAAGGGUCUGGAAGCAUCAAACAAAGAAGAUGAUGCCUAUAAAUCACUUCUUAAAUGAGAAACCAAAAGAGCAAAAGUACAGAUUUGUCUGGCAAAGGAACAAAUCACUCUUACCCAAAUACAGCAAACCAAAGUCAGACAUGAUAUUCACCUCCUAAAAGCAGGAUGAAGAACACUGAAUGUUCCUUAUUUUAUGAACUAUUGGACUAUUGGAGCCUUUUUAUGAUUUAAAAAGCGUGAUAUCCAAGAUGUUUUUCUGAAUAAUGUAUAUUUGUUUGUUUUUAUUCAUUUGUUGGGGGUCACAUGAGGGGUCUGACUGUUUAAAAGAAAUUGGAAAUGUAAGGGAAUGUUUGUAUUGUUUUAUUUUGUUCAAACAAAAACAAUGAAAGUGACCCCAUGCUGGGCAUUGUACCUGUUGUUGUACUCUAGCUUGUAGCCUAAAUUGCGAAAUGUAGUCCCAUUUAAGGCAUUGGUAAUCCGGAUUUGGUAAUCUUAAAAAUGUUUUAUCUGGAGCAAUGUGAUCCAAUCCAAUGUUACUAUGAAUUACCGGCGUAGAAGUAAGAUGGAUUACUUGAUUCUGGAUUGCAAAACCAUGGUAUUUCCUAAUCCGGAUCAUUCUGAUCCGGAUUAAACUUUUACAACAACUGAGCCCUGGUGAUAAUGCAGUACAUUUGAAUGAGAAAUCUCUAGGAGAGAAACAAGUUAAAUCAAGCAUUUGAUCCACCAUAUUUUUAAAUGUUUAAGAUGUGAUUUAAAACCUGAUGAGCAAAUAUUCCUGACUUAGAAAGUACAAAUGCAGUGUUGCCAAUGUUUCCUGCAAAACGAUACAUGAAAAAGUAAUCAUUGCGACUUAAACAAGGCUUUCUAAAACAAUGAUGUACCCAUCCACAGCUCUCCACGUUGAGCUGUUGGCAAGCAGAUAUCCUUGCCAAAACUAAGACAAGUCUAAAAAUAGUCUUGAAAAUAAAUUAUAAUUAUGCUGUAGACCCAUUUUGUUUUAUGUGUAUUCAAAACUGCUGUGAUUUUAAAUACAUUUUGUUUUGCUUUUUAACUUUCAGUUUUCCUAUUUCAAUUUAUUUCUUGUGUACAUUGUCCAUCAAACCUGUUUUUUUGGUGCUAUAUUUCUUUCCGAACUUAUAUUAUUUACUCUGUGAUUACUUCUUGCUGUCACUCUUUUUAUCCUUUUUGUGUCCUUUUAUCUAAUUACUCACUGAAAAUGCAUUUUAUGUGAGAAAUUUGCAAUUGUAGGAUUUAUAAGUCCCACAAUCAUACACAACACAAAUGUUAAAGAACUAGUUGGGUUGAGAGACUUUGUCACAGUUUACCCAUGUAGUUGUCAAGCUAGUAUUUAAUUAUCAGAUCAAUAAAAAUGUUUUUCCUGAGUUACAACUUUAA